UUUUUUUUUUUACUCUUCUUUUUUUUUCUUACUUUAGGAUGAUGAAAAAGAUACCAUUGUUAUUGCUAUUAUGCAACUAUGUAUCUGCUCAAUUGUACUUUUUAAAUCAAACAAUCUAUACUACUUUGGCUGCAAUCUCUCCACAUUUGUAUCAAGCCAUUCAAACGUCAGACGAAUUAAUUAGAACAUUGAAUUCAGACAAUAUUACUUUUAUUUUGCCAAAUGAAAAUGCUAUCACUAAUGCCAUAUCAACUGGUGUACUGAACUUUACAAAUACUCAAACCAGUCAGCAUAUUAUUCAAUCCCUUAUUAUCAAUGGCUCAUUCCAAUCCCAUUCAUUUCUGAAAAGCAGAAAAACAUAUCCUUCUUUGACCGAAAAUAAACUGUCGAUUGGGCCAUUCGUCAAUGAGCAAUUUAUUCAAUCAAACCAGACAAUUGAAGUUUUCUCUGGUUUAACGAAAGCUCAAAUUCAAAUCAGUGAUGUUUAUUGCAAAAAUGGCAUCAUUCAGGUCAUUACUCAAUUUCUGCAACCUGCUGAAACGCCGUUAGAUACCAUUUCCGAUUUGGCGGAGACACAAUACAUGGAAGAAAUAUUAAAAUCGCUCAAUGUAUCCGACACUGUCUCUGGUGCAAACAAGACAAUUCUAGUGCCUAAUAAUGAAGCAUGGUCCCAAGCAAAUGGCAUUACUAUUCCCUACGGCACAUUAGUGCAUGAUCUCUAUUAUCUCUCUUUAGAAGGUGUCUACUUUUCCGAUCAGUUGGCGACUGGAGACAUUCUAAACUUACGCACAGAUUACAAAGACAGUGAUGUCAAGGUUCAAUUAAAAGAUGGUAAAUUGAUGGUUAAUGAUAUUGCUCGUAUUGUCGAGAGAGAUUUCAUCACAACUUCCGGUGUGAUGCAUAUCAUUGAUACUGUCUUUUUUGCAGAUAGUUUCAUUGCCAGAAAGAAGAACGAGACAACUAAUUCCAAUUCGUCCGAACCCAAUAACCAAAAGACAGAUGGGAGUACAAGCACUACCACUUUAUCUUCCGAUAAAUCCGAUGGUCACAUAUGUCAUCCUACAACAAUAGUUUGGGCCUUCAUUAUAGUCUGUUUAAUCCUUUUCAUGUAGCUAUAUUCAAUAUAAAUAUACAUAUACCCAUUACUUUAUAAUAAAAACUAUUACCUGCUUGUUUUUUCUUUGAC